CUCGCACACACAUACACACACUCUAUUAGCGACCGGUUUGGGAGUCAAGUCAAGUGGUGUUUUUAUUUCAUACCGCCUUGCCUCGUCAUAUUCUAGUUUGUCUCGGUUUGCCGGUUAGUCUCGCGCUAUCCGGCUUGUGGUCCACGUGCCAAAACACAGUACAUCUUCUAGCAUCAUAACGCCCCACAGCUGCAAGGUAGCAGUCAGCGCGUGUGCUUCAUACUUUGUUCGUACUGCGUACGGGCCCUACCUUAUCUACGCACCCCCCCCCCUCCCCCUCCCCCUCACAGAUACUAUGAUCGCUCGAAUGCGAUAGACGUGGAGCAGAGGCCGAGCAGAGAGUGAGCGAGUGAGCGAAAGAAAACGAGAGAGAGAGAGCGCAGGGCCAUUUCCCAUUCCCCUGCCACCUGUAAAACCCUGUCACAAAAUGGACGCGAUGGACAGCUUCGAACCGAUCCUGGUCGACGUCGAUUGCAGCCGGUACGAGGAGGACGCAUUCUCGCUGCUGGACAAAUCGCGCGACGUCAACGUGGUGCGCGAUCUCCGCUCAUCGACCGUAGCCGCCUUCGACCAGACGAGCUUCCCGCAGCUGAACAUCUCGUCGCGCACGCAGCUCAAGCAGCAGCUGUACCGGGAACAGACGAAAAACAGUGAACCGGCCCGGGGUGGACGGCGGUCUGGUGCGCUGGACGGUGGGUCCGGGACCGUGGCCGGUUCCGGGCCCGUCCUGUCCGUGCAGUUCCCACUCGAGAGCAUCGAUAUCGAGCUGCCGAAGAAGGUGCUGCAGGUGGAGACGCGGCUCGAGAAUCCGACGCGCUACCACGUCAUUCAGAAGCAGAAGACGCAGGUGCGCGAGUACGUGACGGCCGCCCUGAAGCUGACCAAGCAGAACCUGGUGCGCGAAUCGUGCCGCCAUACGCGCCUCAUGAUACUCGGCCGCCUGUACGACUCGUUCAUCAGCACCAAGCCACCGGCACCAUCGGCUGCCGGUGGUGGUGGUGGUGCCGCAACCACUCAGCCCCAGUCCAUCGGGGGCAGCAGCGCUGGCUCAACCGCCAGCUUUGGUUCGAACUUUGGCAAAGCGUCGUCGUCGUCGUCGGCGCUGGUCGGUGUUGUUGCGGGCAGUGCGGCGACGGCGGUGGCGGUCGCGAUGGCAUCCGCCACGUCCUCCGCGGUACCGGCGGCUGGCCCGCCACCGUCGGCGGCAUCAUCGGCGACACCGACACCGAUCGAGCAGCAGGCCGAGUGGCGGCUGGAGAUGAAGCUGUCCUGCCGCUUCGGCAACAAGCUGUACCGGACGUUCGUCGACGAGUUCGACUACGUGCGCGACCUGCUCAUGCUGAUCCGGUUCGAGAUACCGAAGUGGGUGUUCGUGGUGUCGGAGUUCGAGGACGAGAUCUCGUCGUACGAGUGCAACCGGGCGGCCCGGGCGGCCCAACAGGCGGCCGCCGUCCAAUUUGCAUCGACGUCGGCGGCGACGGCGGUGGCGGCGGCGGCGGCGGCCGCAGCAUCCAUCGCUUCCCAGGCCGCCCAGACCGGUGACUUUCUGACUUUCGGUCGGCCGGGCCUGCUGGCUGGCAGCGAGAAGGGAGCAAAGCACGAGAAGUUCAUUGAGCCGGAGGUGCGCGAUCGGAUCAAGAAGGACAACCACAACUGCAGUAGGUAUCACGCGUGACGUCAGUCAGAGUGCCGCGCGGGCAUCCGCACAACCGUGGCGUAAUUGAGUGAGUUUUGCACUAGCACUGAAACGUCCUAUGGGACGGCACGCUGUCUGACAAUAUUUGAAGCAUAAAGAACCUUUUACACACACCCUCCAGACAAGCUCUUAGGUAUCGCUAAUGAAUCGCUCGACUUUAAACGCUGCUAGCCCAUUUGUCCUAGCAAGCAAAUUCCCCCUUGCUUCUCUCUCUCUCUCUUUCUCUCUCUCUCUCUCUCUCACUCCCGUGGGUGCUCCGAGAGCGCAUGUGAACAACAAAGGUGCUGGAGAGGACGGUUCCAGAAAUAGCUGGCUCCAGAUCAGUAUCCCUACCACACCGAGCAUCCCUGCAGGACAUCCUGGGCGAUGGUGGUGGCUCCGGUUUCUGGUAGGCAAACGGACCCAGAACAGACCCAGAAAGGAGCAGGAGAUGCCGAGCGGAGUGCGAGCUGUACGAGUUCUAUAAAUAAAGCGCUAUCGGCUAUCGAAAAUAGAC